AAAGAAAAAAAAAAAAAAAAAGAAAAAAACAUGUCAAUAUGAUAGGGAUUCCCUGUAAAAUGCCACACACCCGCGAAAAUUUAUCCGUGUCAAUCAAUCCAAUGAGGUGGAGGGAGCCCACAUUGGUCCAAUGAAUAUACUGGCCUGAGGACAAACCCUGUUCUGGCCUAAGUAGAAAGCACUUCCACAGCCGUUACCGGUCCGGUCCCGGCCCGCUAUGGACUCCCCAGAAUCCGCAGGCAACAAUGCAAAUCCACAGGCAACCACGCGCGACAGCAGAUACCACUUCACUCCUCGUUGAAACCUCUUCUCUUCUUGCACAUCCUCACGCUAUCAAACCAUCAAAAUGGCAAACGACACCUAUUUAUCCUCCAUGUUGCAGACAUAUUCCGUCCGCACCGCCGUCAAUACAUCCGCCUACUUCAUUCCGAGAAUCCAGCCACACAUGAAAAUCCUCGACAUUGGUUGUGGACCCGGUUCCAUCACGUUGGAUCUGGCGGCACUUGUUCCACAGGGAAGUGUUAUCGGGAUUGAUUGCAGCGAGACUGCUAUUAACUCGGCCAACGACCUCACCCGAAAACGAGGAACGGAGAAUGCGAGCUUUCAGGUGGCGAGUGUUUUGGAUCUUCCCUUUGAGGAUGGGACUUUCGAUAUUGUUUGUGCGCAUCAAGUGCUGAUUCAUCUUCCGAAUGAAUCGGGUAGAACGGGCGCGGUUGAGGGUCUGAAGGAAAUGAGACGCGUUUGCAAACCAGGAGGCUUAGUUUGUGCUCGGGAAUGCGAUUGGAGAAGUGCGGUGAUUCAUCCCUCGAUCCCGGGGGUACUUGACAGCAUGAAGUUGGUGGAGCAGUUGACGGCCUUGAAGGGAACCUCGCCGUAUGGUGGAUUGGCUCGGUCGUGGGCUGAGGGGGCAGGGUUCCACGCAUCCGAUGUUGAGGCAUCUGCCGCCGCCGUGUACUAUUCCCGGCCCGAGGAGGUGAACUGGUGGGGCGAGACGAUGGCGCAACGUCUGGAGCAAGGUUCUUCGCUGGACGUGGGCAUCAAGGAAGGGUUUAUCACUGAGAGCCAGAGAGAACAGCUGCCUGUGGCAUGGAGAGAAUGGGCUCAACAAAGUGAUGCCCUGUUCUCUAUGACUGAUAUUCAAGUCAUCUGCAAGAAAUAGGCUGACAGCGAGAUGUCUUACUGGACCUGGCUUCAAGUGAUUGCAUAUGUAGUAUAUGCUCCUUGGUCAGAUUAAUAAGCCUCAUGUGAAUAGAAUGUGAUAGAGGAUAAUUGAAUGCACAGAGUAGGGUUG